UUCAAGUGCUUUUUUUAUCUAUCAUUUAACAGAGUUCGAUUUUCACCCUAUAACGUGGGUUUUACCCAACCCCGGAAGGCCCGAAUACUAAUCAACUAUCCAUUCAUCAAUCAUCACCAUUGACCAUUCACCGGUAGAGGUUCGAUAAUUAGGGUUCACUUCUUCGCGGAAAAUUCCCAAUUGAUCCAUCUCAAAUCUCAAUGUUCUACUGAAACCCUAAAAAUUGAACUACAGUGAUGUCAUCUUUAUCAUUAUCCCCACCUCUCGAAGUCUCAAUUACAUUGGAGUCAAAUUCUCCUGCCAAAAUCACCGAAACUUUCAUAACAAAUACGAAUGAUCAUCGGUUUUACAGUUGGUGGUUUGAUUGCCAUGGAAUUUUGCACAAUAUUUUCCUAAUCUUACCUUCUGCGUUGUUUUUGUUCUACUUGGCAUUUCAAGCGAAAAAAUACUACAAAAAGCUUUGGAUUGGAAGGUCUCGCAUUAUCAACUCUUAUUAUGGAAUUGUUUGGCUUGUUACUCUCCUUAAUUUUGCUUGGUGUUGUUUACAGACAUGGGAGUGUGUUCCGGGAAAAUCACUAUCAUGGAACCUUCUGUCUUUAUUUACUACGUCAGGGUUGCUGUUUCUGGAAGUGAGUUUGAUUGCUUUUCUUCUUCAAGGAAAUUAUACAAGUGGGACAGAAGCUUUGACUCGUACUUUUGCUAUCUCUGCAUUCCUUGUUGGUUUGGAUAUUUGUCUUAUGGGAAUUUUUGUCUUUGCAUUUGGAGUUCCAUUAUUUGUUGAAAGUAAGGAUGCACAUGGAAUGAAAUGGGGUAUGUGGAUUGUGCACAAGCUAGUGCCAACUGCAGUUUAUGGCUCCUUAAUUUUCAUGUACCAUUCCAGCUGGAGAGAGAGGUUGCCAGCUAGGCCUGCAUAUUAUAAGUACAUCAUGAUCAUGUCCGGUCUAAAUGCAUUGGCGCUUUUUGCUUCUAUUCUUAGCGGAACUGGUUUUGGGUUCUGGCUGUAUGAUACCAUGGAUAUUUGCUACCAUGCAUUUUACCUUCCUUUGAUCUACGUCACAUUUUUAGCAGAUUUCUUACAGGAGGAAGACGUGAACUUGGAUAAUGUAUACUACUCAGAGAUGAAAGAUGCUGGGUUCUUUGAUGCAGACUGGGACUAAUAUUCUGUAAAUUUUUGUGGGCUUCUUGUAAAUACAUUUGCUCUUUUUGUGGUUAUAAAUAAAAAUGAAACAACCUGAUUUUCAAGACAAAACUGUAGUGAAAAUGACAGAUUAUCAUUUGGCAAUACUAUGCACCAUCCUGGACUGUCCCCGAACUUUCAAGGGCAAAAGUUAAAUAUGA